GAACAGAUCAUGUCCCUCUCGUCUUGUACAGCCCCGUCCAACCAUGAAGCCCAGAGAUGACCUGGCAGGCUUCUCCCUCGAGGCUCUCCAUGCCGAACUCCUGCGGCGUCAGGAAAAGCCAGAAUGCGGUACUCGAGGACAGGCCACAUCUUACAACACUGGCAUUCAUGUCUUUGCCCUGUUCCUCAUCCUCGGCCUAAGUACCCUCGCAUGUUCCUUUCCCGUCAUCGCUCGACGCUUUCCGAAACUUCCCAUCCCCCAUCGAUUCCUUUUUCUGUCGCGACAUUUCGGUACAGGGGUUCUCAUCGCCACGGCCUUUAUCCACUUGCUCCCUACCGCCUUCAUAUCCAUGACCGAUCCAUGUCUUCCUGAUUUCUGGAACAAAGAUUAUCCUCCUAUGGCUGGCUUUAUUGCUAUGAUUGCUGUGUUUGUCGUUGUCGUGGUGGAGAUGUUCUUCGCGACCAGAGGAGCCGGGCACACUCAUACCAGUGAAUGGGAUAGACCGGAAGCUGCGAAUGGUCACCAUGGUGGAUGGGACAGGCCAGAAGGGUCCAAUGGCCAUAUCGAGCUGCAUACCCCGGUUAUUCCUUAUGUUGACGGCACUCCCAAGCCGCGCAACUCCACAGACUCCCUGGACGACCUUGAUGAUUUCGACCCCUUAGCUGAAGAAUCCGCCACUCUCAAUCACCCACACCAACGCAAACCAAGUGAGGUAGAUCGUACCAUUUCCAAUAACGACGGACAAGACCCACGGAAACUAUUCCUUCAGUGUCUCCUCCUCGAGGCGGGCAUUCUCUUCCACAGUAUUUUCAUUGGUAUGGCCGUCUCAGUCGCCACGGGAACCCAAUUUGUUGUUCUACUCGUGGCAAUCUGCUUCCAUCAGACGUUCGAAGGCUUUGCUUUAGGAUCUCGAAUAGCAGCCCUCAUCCCUCGUCUCUUCGAUGCAAGCAGUCCGAAGCCAUGGUUGAUGGCCCUGGCCUAUGGCACCACCACCCCUAUUGGACAAGCCAUCGGUAUCUGGAUGCAUAGCAUGUAUGACCCGGCCUCCAAGGUUGGGUUGCUGACCGUAGGCAUUACGAAUGCCAUUAGCAGCGGCCUUUUAUUAUUUGCCGGUCUGGUCCAGCUUCUCGCCGAAGAUUUUCUCAGUGAUCACAGUUACGAGGUGUUAAAGGGCAAACGUCGGCUUGAGGCAAGUCUCGCCGUGGGUCUGGGAGGCAUUUUAAUGGCCAUAGUAGGAGCAUUUGCAUGAAAUUAGAAUUUUCAAUUUUCGAUCUCUUGGUUGUCCAACUCUUCAAGCUUCAUCAUCUUUGGUCCCUCCUAUCGAAAUGUUCUGAGAAUCAGGCUGACAUCACAUCCCAUUGUCGGGGUCAGCAUACCGUGUGUUCACGACGGAAAACGACAUGAACGCAAUCAUCCAGCAGAACACCAUGAUAGCAUACCAAACUAGGAUCGAUCCACCCCUGAAAAUCAACACCUUUCGACUUCGCUUCGCUCUACUUCUCUUGGUCCUUUGCAACUCCAGGAGCAGCGUGGUCGCAAUAGCAAAAGGAGUUGCUGUUGCCAAAACAGCGACCAUCAACAAACCCAAGAAUAAUGACUUUGUCUGUCCAUUACCUCCUUUGAGAC